AUGGGGUUGCCAGAAGAAGUCAAACUUGGACUGAAAAGGGUGAAGCUCUUUCAGACGACCUUUGUGAAACACGACCGUUUGUUUCUGACGCCAGAGUAUCAGCUCUCAAAGCGUCAGCCCACUGACGUUUUGGAUCACAUACUCAGCAGGUACAAUGAGAAGAAAAGGCCUACCGGCAUGAUCCUUCCAGGGGGCUUGCAGUCAUUGGAAGACCUCAAGGAUCUUGCCCAGAUCCUAGAAAGCCAGAGGGUGGAAAGAUUGAAGCAAGAUGCAGCUGGCACAGGUGAAGAAGUUGCUCCUGGUCUUGACGAUGAUGAUGGGACAAGUGGUAAGAAGAGGCAACGACGAAAAGGUGUGGCCACAGAUUCAAACAAGCCUGCAGCUUUGCAAGCUUUGAAGGAUGACGCAACAUCGACAGCAGCUCCUUCAAGCAAGGCUUCAUCCUUGCCGGCAUUGGCUGACGGCCGGCCCUCAAGCGUCACUGGCAAGUCUGACGGAUCGAAGGCCAAGAAGGGGGCUUCGGACCAGCUGGAGGGAAUGGACGAUGACAUGCGUCAAGUGGCUGAGUUUCAUUUGUCUUCUGCUGGUGCCAAGAAUGCAUCGGCAAAGUCUCUGGCCAAUUUGGUCCCUUCCAAGUUCAUGGACGGAGUCAAAGAUCACGCCACUUCCCACGCACUUGUCGCAGCCAGAACAAUCCUGGAAUCUUUGGUCCAGAAGGACAAGAAUUCAUCGGAAGUGGAACUUCUCGAGCGUCGGAUUCGAGUCUGUGAGGGCAUCCAAAAGAUUGCCAGGAGCAGUGCCAAGACCCUUGCUACUUGGGAUGACUUUGGCCUGGUGCUGAAGGCUCUGAAAGAUUCUUGGGGGGAGUUCACUUUGGAGAUCAAGGGUAAGAUCACUUUUGCCAAGUUGAUGAUCCACAUGGAGGGCUUCUCGAAACUGAAGUACCAAGAUGAUUCAGAUGCUAAAGAUCUUCAGGAAAAGGGGAGGUCGCUUGUCGAUGCUUUGCUACCGCAUCUGGGACAUACCGGCUGGGAUCCACUGGAUGCUUCCUAUGCGGGUCUUCUUGCCCAAGCCUUUGCAUCCUUGCAGGGCCAUGUGACUGAGAUCCAGGAGGGUCGGUGUGAGGAUGAUACUGCUUUGAAGGGUGCUGCGUCUGAAUGCUGCAAAGUUCUUGAGGUCGUGGCCACUGGCCUUGUUGGUCUCUUCCAGGAUUCCUGCUUUAGAGCCUUGUUCCUCAAUCCGAGCCAGUGUGUGGAGCACUUGAAGGCCAUAUCCUUCCUGAUCCUCAAAGCCAUGGACCCAGCAAGGAAAGCUUUGGCAUCCUUUCAGUCCCAAGAUCCAGAUUCUUUCGUUGAAGCCAAUGCUUUCGAACGUGUCACACAGUCCCUGAACAGGGUGGAGAAGAUAGCACGUUUUGUGGGAAGCUUGCUUUUCAAGCCGCAUCAGCUCACUCAGCUUGAUGAGCACAUGUCGUCUGGGGCUCCUUUGGAUGUUUCUGAAGAUUCGGUGUGGCUUGUCGGCUACACUGGGAAACAGAAUUUGGAGAAGGGAUUGAAUGAGAUUGUUGGCAAGACCCCUUUCUGGAGCAAGCUUGUGGACGAAGUGGUUCGAACUGCGAGUUCAACAUUGCGGCUGAGACCUCAGAGAGACCGUGCCUUAGAGACCCUGGCGAAGAUCGCAGCUGGUGACAUGGAGAUGAACUCUGUGAGACUUGAAAGUUUGGCCGCAGUUUGUGGAGAACUGCACUCGGGAAUGAGGGCCUGCGAAGUGGAAGACGUGAACAGCAAGAUGCUGGAGCAGAUGCACAAGAUCGCAAAGUCUUUGAUCAAGGGAGAGGUGGAUGUGCGCCAAGGGAGCAAAUUGGUCCAUGCCUUGAUGAAGGCGUUCAGAGUGUUCAGUGCUUGGCCGGGGUCCACCGACAAGAUCAAGGACUUGUCAACCUGGAUGACUGCCAAUGAGAAGGAAAUGACCUUGGAAGACCUCAUGUCAUUGUCCGAGAAAUCGGAGGUGGCCGGUGUCGCCAACUUGGAUGAUGUUCAGGCCAUCAUGGGGAAGCUCAACAAAGUGACCCUGCCCCAAGAGCGUCCUGAACUGAUUCUAGCUGCAAAGAGGUUGUUGAACACAUCUCUUCGGGCAGUCAUUGCAGAGGUGAAGGACGACCCGAACAAUGAGCUGACCUACACCCAACUGAUGAAGAAAACAGGGUUGGUGGGCAUGAUUGGCAAUCUACUCGGCUACAAGGAGGAUUCCAUCGAAUCUCAAAGUGUGCGUCAUCACUGUGUUGUCCUGAAGUAUGGCCUUUCUUUCAGGAAUGCGGUCUCCAAGUUGUCUAGCUUGGGUGUUGUGGAUGAGAGGGUUCGAAGGGACAAGAGCAAGGCUCGGAUGGUAGAAGUCUUGCAGACCCACUCACAGGUCUGUGAACAGGUCCAAAAGUUUGAGAAGUUGCGAAAGGACACCCUCAAAACGGUUCAUGACCAUGGCCUUGAUGACACCACCCUUGACCUUAUGGCUCUCGACCCAGUUGGUGCUUUCCAGGGCUUGUUGGAAGAUGAGCGCAUUUACGACACCAUGGCACGUCACCUUGUGGUUCACGGUGAGUCUUUGAACAAGACAUGUGAAAAGAUUGAGAAGGGUGUGAAGGACAUCAUGGGUGAAAACAGCUGGAAGAAGACCUUGCUUUCUGCUGACCCCAUUGAAAAAGUCUUGGAGGUGGCUGGCGACACGUUGGUCAAGGUGGAAUUGAAGGGCCUCAAUUUCCUGAACCUGGUUGAGGGCCUACAGACAGAGCUGUCAGAAUCGAAGGUUUUUCUGGAGCAAAUCACUGAGUCCCACUUCAAAUUGAAGGAUGACGUGGAAUCAGGUUUUGGCCAAACCGUCGUGAAUUUCAAGGCUAUGGCACAAGAGUGCAGUGUGACGCUGGUUCAAUCAACAGUGCUGUAUGCUGAGCAGGUGUUGGUCCUGGGUCUCCGCCAGGCCAAACAUCCGAAAGCUGACGCGCAGGCAUUGGGCAUGACUAGAGCCGUAGUCUCAAAUGCCCUUGUCAUGUUUUCCAAAGUGAAGAAAAACUUUGGGAUUGGUAGCCCCACUGAUUCGGCUGCGAUUGAUGAUCCUACUGACAUCAAUGAGAUUCAGCCAUGUUUGCACAAGGAAGGCAGUGCGCUGCUUGGGUAG